CCACAGAUGAUUAACGUCAAAAGCACGUGGGUUUGUUUUGAUAAACCGUUUUCCCUAGUUUUUCUUAAUUUUUAAAUAAAAAUGACUAAAGAAACUGGGAAUCAAAAGGUGGUGCGUAUGGAGGAUAUCCUAAAGAACUCCAGUGAGAGUAAAUCGGAAGAAAAAGCGAAAAAAACUGAUAAGAAAUCAAAGUCCAUAGAACCGACUAUUGUAAAAGGAAAACCGAAAUCAGGCCGUUUCUGGAAAAGUGAAAAGAAAAAGUUUUCCUCGACCAUAAAAACGAGGGGCCUAAAAUCCUCCCUGGAAAAGAAACAGGCCCUAAGGGAAAAACUGCAAAAAAUCAAAGAAACCACUCGCGAACGUUUGGCACAGAAGAAACAAGAGGAGGAGCAACGAAAAGAGAGACGCAGAGAGAACCUGAGGCGCCAAGAGGAGAACAGGAAAAAGUCAGAAAUCGUGCAAGUGAUCACCAACACGCAGAAACUGAAAAAGAUGAAGCGAAAACAGCUGAGGUACAUCGAAAAGAGAGACACCACAAUCGUUUCCAAAUAAAUUUACAUCCAAUACAUUUAUUUAUUUAUAAUAAAGAAAAGACCAUAUUUACAUCCUAAA